AUGACGGCCCCGUUCGCCCCCUGGGGGGGUUCGUGCCAUCGUUCAGCUUGUAUGGAAUGUCAGCUGAGGAAACAAAAGUGCGAUAGGGACUGGCCUUGCGAAAACUGUUGUCGUCGUAAGGUUCCCGAGAGGUGUCGCUUUGAUGAACCCAGCUUGCCCAGCAAUGAUGACCGGGAUCUGUACUUUUCUGACCCCAAUUACUCGCGCGGGAAGCGGAAGUUGAGGGCUGAAGAUGAUGACCUCGACAAGCACGUAGUCUCAUUGGAAGACAUCACUGACGAAGAGUCCACCCUCAAUACCAUUAGCUACAGACCCUCAAGCUUUAUCAAUCUCUCCAAGGUAGUCAAGCUUGAUCCUCCCGCCGGUCGUGUCGCCACUCGGGCAGACGUUGUCCGCUUAAUGGAAAUGCUUCCCCCGCCGCCUCACUUAGAGACUCUCCUCUUGAGCUUCACCGAGACGCUGAACCACUGCUAUUACAUCGUUGAUCCAGCUAGACUGAUGAAGGGCUUCUCAAUCUGGCAAGAAGAUGUACGCUGGGACAGGCCGCUGGAUCCUGCUGUUGUUUGUCUCAUGUUGCGUAUUUGUGCAUGCGUCGUACCAUACCUCCGCUCAGACGUCCAAUGGAAGAUCGAGGCCGACCUCAAAAUGCCAGUCCAGAGCCUUGCCAACCGAUGUCAUCAGGCUGCCGUUGAGCUUAGUGGCAGAAUUCCCAUCGGUGAAGCGGGACUAUUGCAGGUUCAGCAGCUCCUCCUCACGUCAUAUUGGCAUAGCGCCGAAGGAAAUUUCUUUGGUUGCUGGCACGCGCUUGGCGCGGCGAUUCGUGAGGCUCAAGAAAUAGGCUUGAAUAAAGAAUCAAAGUCAAAUGGAUUCAGCGAGCUCGAUCGAGACAUGCGAAGGAGGAUCUGGUGCAUUCUAGACAUUUGGGAUUGGCAGAUUUCUACUCUAUUCUCUCGUCCGCAGCUCAUCAACCGACAUGACUGUGACAUUAUCUCGCCAAACGUCUGUCUGGAAGCUGCUCCAUCUCCCAUAUACCAGACGAAGUUGCAGUUUGAAGUCAUCCAGGCAGUAUAUCGCAAGUUCGGUAACAUCAAUAAGCCGAUGAAUGCUGCAGAUGCGAGGGAGUUCCAGGACAUCAUCAACAGAUGGACGAAAUCCUUUCCACCGAUGUUGCAGAUCAUCAAUCCUGACACAAGUAUAGAUGAGGGCUACCCGUGGAUUACCGUGCAGCGUCAAUACCUACACGUCAUGGCCUAUACCAUGAUCCUCGUGCCUCUAAAAAGCUAUAUACUUAAAACUUUUGACCAGACAGAGCCGCAGGAGGAUCAAAGAACGCGAGCUUCCGGAGUAGACUACUGCUUGAAGCUGCGUGAUGCCCACAUCCUUCUCUUUCAUAGCACCUACCCCGUCUGUGCAAAGUACCACCUCGCACAAUUUUCUCUUGUCGAUUUGGGUGUGAUUUUGUGCUUCGCUGUCAUUCAUGACGAACAUCAGAAUCUUCCGAAACGCGAGCAAGUUUUCGCGGGCAUCGGCGACGUUUUGGAAAUGCUAAAGCAUAUACAGAAUGCUGCUGGCAGGUUGUCAUUGUCCUACAAAAUCAUCUCCAAGCUUAUUAGACGCCUUCCCAUCUCGCAGGAUGAGAUGCAAGUUAUCCGCGGCCGCGCCAUUACUGUCAAAUUCGAUCAGAGCCCACAGCUGGCAACCAAGUUUGCUCAAACCCGCCGACAGCCAAUUGUGGUACCAGUGCAUGGGACCGCCGCUUCACAAAACGAGCCAACAUCCCCACUGGAGUGUCGUGACAAAGCACUCUCAAAAGUUCGCGUUGAAGUUACUUCACGUCUUGAGUCAGCAAAUAUGACCUUAUUGUCAAUCCAAGAUAGUCAUACAAGCGUUGCUAAGGUCGACCGGGAACAUGAAUCUCCAACUUUACCAGAUCACCGUGAUCAUCAUCGGUCUGGUUCCCCGAUCCCUAUGUCCUCGAAACCAGUUUUGGAAGUUUUUUUGGAACGAUUUCUCGAUUCCUACGGCCCAGAGAUGCCGUCAGCUUGGCAACCUCUGCACUGGAUACAUGCUGGACAGCCAUAUCAGAUUUGGCGGGUUGGGGCCAAAGCGAGAUAUUCCUCUGCUCUGCUUCGUAACUCCUUUGCUGCCGUCUCGGUCGCACAAUUCGGUCGUUCCAUUGGUGAUAGGAGACUUCUCUCCGCCGCAGACACGAUCUACUUGUCCGUCCUAAGGUCCCUACAGGUCGCCAUAUCUCUCCCGGAGCGAAGCAGGUCAGAUGAUGUGUUGUGGGCGGCGAUACUGUGUGCAGUAUAUGAGGGUGUCAGCCGUACAAGGGCAAAUGGAUUUCUCACUCACCUAUUAGGUAUCGCUCAUGGUCUAUUUGUUGAGUUGCGAUGUUAUUUUGUGUUUGCGGCUAUAACCACACGUUCUCCUACUUUCCUUGCUCAACCAGACUGGAAAAAUGCACCUUGGUCUGCCAGGUCGACGCCCAAAGAUCUCUUACAGGAUCUCUUGGACCAUAUGGUCGAGCUACCUGCGCUUUUAUCAUAUGUUGACCAGAUCAAUAGUUGCUCAGGUGCCAAAUCAGCUGUCGAAAUCGGUCGGCUGCAGCAAGAAUCGUGGACUUUAGCGGCCAAUAUCGAACAAGACCUGUACCAUUGGAAGCAAGAAAAGGCUGAUCGGUAUCCUGGUGGCCAGCCUAGAGUACUUCCAGUCCAGAUAGAGGAUACUCUCUCAAUUUUUCGAUGCCAGGAUCGCAUAACCGGAGAGGUUGUUUAUGCUACUACAGCAAUCUUGACGGUUUAUCGAUGUUAG